AUGUCUUCAGAAUCUACGAUAGCAAAACCAAUAUUUUCACCAAAUCGUACACGUUUGAAAACUUCCGAUCAAAAUAAUUCUAAUGAACAUGAAUUAUCAUCAUCAGCAGCAAGUGAAGAAAGUCAUACAUUAUUGUCAGAAACUGUAACAACAUUAGCAAGUAAUGUUUAUAAUGAAUUAGAACGUAUUAUAAAAAAUUUUGGUGAAAAUAGUGUAAAAGAUUUAAUGCCUGUUAUGAUAUCAACAUUAGAAUCACUUGAUAGUGCUCUAAAUGAACGUGAAGUUAGUAAACUUGAAAUUGAAUCAUUAAAAGAGCAGAAUGAACAAUUAUUUCAACAAUAUGAACGCGAGAAAACUUUUCAUAAAGAAUAUCAACAGCGUUAUCUUCAAGUUGAAGAUCAUCUUGAAGAAAUGAAACGUGAAAAUGAUGAAAAAUUACAAAGUCUUGAAUCUAUUGUCAAAAUAUUUGAAAUAAAAGCACGAAAUGCAUCAGAUCAUGUUGCACGUUUAGAAGAAAAAGAAAACGAAAUGAAAACUGAAUAUAAACGAUUACAUGAACGAUAUUGUGAAUUAUUCAAAGCUCAUUGUGAUUAUAUGGAAAGAACGAAAAUUUUAUAUGGAACUGAUCGAGUAGAUCAAUUAUCUGCGACACAUAAUGUUCCACGUUCUCGAGGUAAUCUUCCAUUAACAUCACAACAACAAUCUCAAUUAGACAAUAAACAACCAUCUUCUAAUGAAACAUUAACCGAUGAAAUAACUCCAUCACGUCCAGAUCUGUCUUUCCAAACUUUUAAGCAACCAACUACUGGAGUUAAUUUUCGUUCUGAACUUGAAGCUGCUGAUGGUAAACAUACUCAAACAGAAUCAAUGGCCAGUAAUGAUGCGGCUGUAAAUACAGAUGUAGCAGCUAGUGAUGAUGAUGAUGAUGAUAUGUCAGCAAAUGAUGUGAAAAAUUCAGAAGUUUUUUAUAAAGAAACACAAAAUGAAAAUAUUGAUAUAUCAGAUGUCGAUUCAUCAGCGGAUUUAUUUGGUAUGACAAAAGAAGUAUCAAAUUUAAUUAAAGAAAAUAAUGAACUUCUUGAAACAAAGAAUGCAUUGAAUGUACUUAAAGAUGAUUUAUUAGUAAAAAUUGAAGAAUUAACGAAUGAACAAGAAAUUCUUCGAGAAGAAGUUAGUUCAUUACAAACAGUUAAAAGUCGAUUACAAUCGAGAAUAACUGAAGUUGAAGAUGAACUUCGUAAAACACGUGAAGAACUUGAAAAAAAGAAAAAAGAAGAAGAGGAAGAUGUACCGAUGGCGGAUAGAAAGCGUUUUACUCGAGUUGAAAUGCAACGUGUUCUUCUUGAACGUAAUCAGUACAAACAACGUUUAUUUGAACUUGAAGAAGCUAUUCAUUGGCAAGAUGCUUUACGUGCAUCUAAACAUGAACAAACGCAUCCAUCAUCUACAAUGAAUGAUAAUACAUUUGAUCAGACACAAAACAAGAAAAGAACAACAUUUUGGAAACUUUUCUCUGGAUUAUUUGGUGCUGGUGUUAAAGAUAUUCCACCUAAACGUACAGCUACAACUAAUCUAUCUACACUUCCUACAACAGUUAAACGUAGUUCAACGAAUGAUCAAAUAGCACCAAUCAUCAAUAAACAAGAAAAUACCACAGAUGAAACUCAUCCAUUAGAACGAUCGAUAUCAAAUAGUACGUCAAUUGUUGAUAUGCCAAAACAAUCAUCAUCAACUCGUCAAAAUAGUUCAAUAUUAAUCAAUGAUGACAAUCGUCUUCAAGCAUAUGGUUGGAGUUUAUCAUCAAAAAAUCAAUUAAAAUUAUCUGAAAUAAAUGGUAAAGUUCAAAUUAAUGUACCUGUUCCGGUUUAUUGUCGACCAAUAUUUAAUAGCAGUGAUACUACACAAAUAUGGUGUGCUAUUGGUAUUGAUCUCGAUGGUUCAUCGUUAACUACUGAUGAUACAUCAACAACAAAUGAAACAUCUGUUGAUCAAUUAAAUAAACAAUUAAUUGAAUCAUAUCAUCAAAUGAUUGAUGAACAAUAUUUAAAAUUAUCAUCAAUUGUUUGGAUUGCUGCUAAAUCAAAUGAUACAGCUAUGAUUACAAUUAUUGAUUCAAAUAAAGCUGAAAAAAUUAUUGAUACAUUUACAUUAGGAAAUACUGUUGUUUAUACAAUGGGUAGCGUUCCAGGAUCAUCAAGUACGGAUUAUUCACCAUUUGAUGAUUCAAAAUGGACUUUAUUUGAAGCUGAUACAGCAUUAGCUAGUGAUGUAAAAAUAACACCUUGUACUGUUGCAUCGCUUUCUAUAGGUGGAAAUCGUCCAAAUACUACAGAAACAAUUCCACUUGAAUUAAAAGCAUCUGAACAAGUUUUAUCUGAAUUAGCUCGUCAACCUGGAAGUGAAGAUAAAAUAAUUUGUUCAACGAAAUAUCCAACUGUUUGGUUAGGAUCAGGUGAUGGAUGGUUAUAUAUUCAUUCAGCUAUAAGUGAACAUCGAAAAACAAUUGAAAAAGUUUGGCUUCGACAUGCUAUUUAUAGUAUUGUUCAUGUUCGUGGUCGAGUAUUUGUUGCACUAGCUAAUGAAAAAAUUAUUGUAUUUCAUCGUAAUACGGAUGGAACAUGGAAUUUAAAUAAUAUUCAUUUAAUUGUAACUGGUAAAAGCCGAGAAUCAGUACGAUGUAUGAUUAAUGUUGGAGAAACAAUAUGGUGUGGUGUAGCUAAUCGAGUUUAUGUUAUUCAUACACAAACAUUAGAAGUUCGAAAACAAUUUGAUGUUCAUUCACGAUCUGAGCAUACUGUUCAACAUAUGACUUGGUCUGGUGAUGGUGUCUGGAUGUCAAUACGUUUAUCAAGUACUUUACAAUUAUAUCAUGCACACACAUAUCAACAUUUACAAGAUGUUGAUGUACAACCAUACGUUGAAAAAAUGAUUACAACAGAAAAAACUGGUCUCUAUUUUGUUCAUAUUAGUGCAUUGACGAUAGCUUGUCGUCGUCUAUGGAUUGGUACUGGUAAUGGUAUUAUUAUUUCUGUUCCACUUACUGACAAUGCAUCAUCAACAACAUCAAAUUCAUCAACAACAAAACCUGGUUCUGUUGUUCGUGUCUAUGAUCAAACAUCAUCAAAUUAUAUUCCAUAUUGUAGUAUGAAUAAUGCCCAAUUAUCGUUUCAUGGUUAUCGAGAUGCUGUGAAAUUUUUUGUUGCUGUACCUGGUCAACCACCAUCAAAAUUACUUCAUGAUGAUGAAUCAUUAAAUUCAACAUUAGCUUCAAAUACAACCGAUACAUCGACAUUAGCUUUUGGUGAUAUACUUGUUGUAAGUGGUGGUGAUGGUUAUAUUGAUUUUCGUAUUGGAGAUUCAACAACAGAUAAACUUGAUGAUGUAAAUAAUAGCAAUAGAAAUAUAUCAUAUCUUAUUGUUUGGCAUUUGGGUUCGAGUUAA